GCUUCAUCGGCCGCAGCUGGACGGGUCCUGACUGGGAGCCUGCGGGUCCCAGCGCAGCCAGGAAGCCGGAGCCCGGAGCCCGCGGGCAGCGCCGCCCGCGAGGGCUGGUGUGACUCCCGGGCCGCAGAGAAGAUUGGAAAAAUAAGUAUUUUUUGGUGUGCUGCAGAAGAGCAUGUGUGCCAUGAGAUGAAAAAGGUUGAAAUCACUGCCCUGCAUUAUAAACUCGAAAAGAAUCUUAACAGAUUUGAAACAAAUUUGUGUUCAUGAAGAAUGACUGCAUACAAACCACAAUAUGUCAAGAGAAAAAAGAUCCAAUAGAACUGUUUCAUUCUGGGCAGCUGGUAAAAGUCUCCGCCCCAAUGGUUCGAUAUUCAAAGUUAGCUUUUAGAACACUAGUAAGAAAGUACAAUUGUGAUCUGUGCUACACACCAAUGAUAGUGGCUGCUGAUUUUGUCAGAUCUGAAAAAGCCAGAGACAGUGAAUUUACCACAAACCAAGGUGAUUGCCCAUUGAUUGUUCAGUUUGCUGCUAAUGAUGCAAGACUUUUAUCUGAUGCUGCUCGUAUAGUCUGUCCUUAUGCGAAUGGAAUAGACAUUAACUGUGGUUGCCCUCAGAGAUGGGCAAUGGCUGACGGUUAUGGAGCUUGCUUAAUAAACAAGCCAGAGCUUGUUCAAGAUAUGGUGAAACAAGUAAGAAAUCAAGUGGAAAAUCCCAGAUUUUCAGUAUCUAUUAAAAUAAGGAUCCAUGAUGACCUUGCAAGAACUGUGGAUCUUUGUCGAAAGGCUGAAGCAACGGGAGUUUCCUGGAUUACAGUCCAUGGAAGAACUGUUGAAGAAAGACAUCAGCCAGUUCACUAUGAAGCCAUUAAAAUAAUUAAGGAAAAUAUGUCUAUACCUGUUAUUGCUAAUGGAGACAUCAGAAGCUUAAAAGAAGCAGAAAAAGUGUGCCAUAUUACUGGGACAGAGGGUGUGAUGGUUGCAAGAGGACUCUUAGCAAACCCAGCCAUGUUUGCUGGAUAUGAGGAAACCCCCCUGAAAUGUAUCUGGGAUUGGGUUGACCUUGCUCUUGAACUUGGAACUCCGUAUAUGUGUUUCCAUCAACAUUUAAUGUACAUGAUGGAAAAGAUAACUUCAAGGCAAGAAAAAAGAGUAUUUAAUGCUUUGUCAAGCACAUCAGCAGUCUUAGAUUACCUUACAGACCAUUAUGGGAUGUGAUUGGACUUCCUAAGUUGUUUUAAUAUGUACUUUAAAGGAAUUGUGUUUUUAACAUUUUUAAAUAAAUUUUUUUAUUUUAAUACUAAAAGUAUGACUCAGUAUCUGUAAGUUAACAUGAAGUAUGUUUUUAAUAAGAAAAAGUGCAGAGAAAUGACAAAACAAAUGCCAACCUCUGUAAAAUGAAAAGGAACAAGACAUUCUGUAUAGAAUGCAUUCAGGGCUUAGAUUAAAAGUUCAAAUUGAAAAAUCAAAGUGUACUUCCUGAGAUUUAUAUGUAUGGUCACUGAUGUAAUGUCUAAUUAUGGGUGUACACUGGAAACUAAUACAAUAUUGUAUGUCAACUGUAACUGAAAAAUUUAAAAAUAAUAAAUACAUAACAUUUUAAAA